AUGACGACCGCCGGUGCCCCACAAACGACGACACCCUCCAGCAUCCAGAACACCCAGCGGAUGGGCUCGAUAGUGCUGAAGAGUCUAUCCAUUCUGCUCGGGUUGUUUUUCAUAUUUAUCGGCUUGAUGAAGCUCACACCGCACAUCAGCAAGGAGUUGCACCGGGAUCUGCGAAGAAACUACGUCAAGUAUGCCAAAGUGUUUCCGUUUUCCUCCCUGUUCGACUUUAAACUGCCCUCGAAAUGGUACCGCCGGUCGGUCGGAGGACUGGAGGUGUUCUGCGGCCUAGCGAUGGUGCUCAUUCCCAGUCACAAAGUCAAAAAUGUGGCCAACGUUACUCUACUGAUGCUGAUGUUUCUAGCUGUGUACUCGCACUACAUGGUUAGUGAUCCAUUCGAACGAUGCGGACCGGCUUUGGUGUUCACCUUUAUGUUGAUCGGUCGGCUAGUAAUAUGGUACCAGGCCAGCAGACGGGAAUCGCUGCUUGCGGCGGAAAAAGUUACCAGCAAUGGCAUCAAGCAGGAUUAAACGAGAUGAAGUUUCACAAUCUCUGAUCUCAUCAAAAACCAGAAAAAGAAAACAACAGCAGCAGCAAUCAGCAGGCGAUGAUGAUUUGAUGCACGGGUACUCUACGGUACCAUUCCCGGAAAAUGGCAAAGGACAAUUGAAGAAAAUCAGCGGUUUGUGUUUCUCAUGUUGUCGUACAUUCACACUCCACUUUUCCGGACUAAUAACUACCAUCUAAGAGAUUAGACUAUUUAGCAUAAUAUUUGUUUCACCUGGAAUUUGGUCGGUAAUGUUAGAUUAUGUUUGCAUCCUCUAAGGUUUCUGCAGUUUAUCAAGCACUUCAUUAUGAAUUUAUUGCAAAUUUAUGAAAAUUUUCUAAAUUCGAAACGAUCAAAAUAUUUUCGCGAUAAUGCUGCUGAUGUUAAGGAAAGCAACCUUAAAUUGAAACGAAUUCACUUCGAGCGAAUUUGAAGGUUCAUUAUUUCAUCGUGACCGUUAAUAGGGAAAUAAGAAACAUUGAACUUAAGGAACAAUUUAUUAGUGCUUCUCCGGAAUUCCAAAACGAAGCGGAUAGUACAAGUUUAACGGAAGCUUCAUUUUAGCAAAAAGCCGGUACAAAACUGAUUUGUAAAGCGUACCACAAGGGCUAUUAUUGACCCUGCAGUUUUUUCAACUUAAUCUAAUCGUGAUAAGCUCAAAUAAACGACGAAUUCUAGGUGAAGCAAGAUUGAUGCAAAACAAAAAACUCGACCAUUAAGUGUAAAUUACUUUUGACGACCAGAUCAGAGCUGGAAUUCUCUGCCUUUCGUAAACCCUCGAUCUUUAUCGACUCCAAAACUAUUCAACUAUACACUGUUUCUUUCGAAAUCCUUUCCAAAAAAUUCAUAUUAUAAAUUUGAUCGCAAUGGCAAAUAGAAACAGAAACAGGAUGUUUGUUUACUUAUGGUCAAAUGUGUUCAAACGCUGCGUUCGCACAAGCAGCGGAACAUCUCUAGUCAGUUGUACAAUUUCUUAGGUUUAUUUCGCAUAAUUUUAAACAUCUCUGCAGCUCACGCAAGCUAGAGCAGUCUUCUCAGUCCUGUUCUCGCAGAACAAUACAAUAGAUAUCAGACAACAUACAUAACCUUAUCUAUUUUCACGAUAAGCUUGAAAGACUUCAGCAAAACGUUUCAGUUGUUGCGGAUUAUAAGUUAUACAGCACUGAGUUAAGAACAUUUAUCAAGUGUUUUAAGAGUAAGAUCACAUUGCUAAGUAAAAUAAAUACUGCACUUUUUCAAGUAGUAACGUAACGAAACAUCAUGCAAACUUGAUUAUAAUAGAAUAACAAGCGAAUACCAUUACUAACAUACUUACUGUAUUCGGAGGAUAACUUGCAGGCAGCACAAGAAAUAAUUCACGUUUUAAUUAAGAAAGGGAAAAAGACAAAUUCUAGUCAAACAAAAAAAAAACAAUGCACCAUCGUUGUAUGAAACAAAUAAACAGCUAAACGAAAGUUGUUAAAAUUGUAGAAGAUCACACCGAAACAAAUAACAACAAAAAAAACAAACAAACAAACCAACUCGAAUAAAUUACGAUUGUUUAACCAGGAAAAAGUGGCAAAUUCUAGCAGCAAAACGAAGCAACCGAUAAGCAAGCAGCAACUACAACAAUAUUCAAAACCAUAUUACAAGUUUAU